GAUCACAUAUCACCUGGCACUCGGGCGGCGGCGGCAAUGGCGGAAGAGGGGAGGAGCGGCGGCGUCGCCGGAGACGGCGUCCGGGUGUGCGUCACCGGAGGCGCCGGCUUCAUCGCCUCGUGGCUCGUGAAGAAGCUCCUCGAGAGAGGCUGCAUCGUCCAUGCCACGCUGCGAAGCAUGGGAGAUGAGGAGAAGGCCGGGCUGCUCCGGCGGCUCGUCCCCGGCGCGGCGGAGCGGCUGCGGCUGUUCGAGGCCGAUCUCUUCGACGCCGCCACCUUCGCGCCGGCGAUCGCCGGCUGCCAGUUCGUCUUCCUCAUCGCCACGCCGUACGGGCUGGAGGCCUCCAACUCCAAGUACAAGAACACGGCGGAUGCGGCAGUGGACGCGGUGCGCGAGAUCCUCCGGCAAUGCGCGGAAUCCAAGACGGUGAAGCGCGUCAUCCACACCGCCUCGAUAUCCACCGCCUCGCCGUUGAUCGACGUCCCCGGCGCCGGCGUCGGCGCCGCCGGGUACAGGGACUUCAUCGACGAGUCCUGCUGGACUCCGCUCGACGUCGACUACCCACUCCGGAGCGCCCACUUCGACAAGUACGUGCUGUCGAAGAUGAUGUCGGAGAAGGAGCUCCUGGGCUACAACGACGGCGAGGGCCGGGCGUUCGAGGUGGUCACCCUGCCGUGCGGCCUCGUCGCCGGCGACACGGUCCUCGGCCGCGCCCCGGAGACGCUGGAGAACGCCGUGUCGCCGGUGUCCCGGAACGAGCCGUCCUUCGCGUUCCUGAGGCUGCUGCAGAGGCUGGUCGGGUCGGUGCCGCUGGUGCACGCCGACGACGUCUGCGACGCGCUCGUCUUCUGCAUGGAUCAGCCGUCGCUCGCCGGCCGCUUCCUCUGCUCCGCCGCCUACCCGACCAUCCACGACAUCGUCGAACACUUCGCCGCCAAGUACCCUCACCUCGACGUCCUCAAAGAGCCGGAGAGGGAGGUGGCGAGGGUGCAGCCGGCGGCAGACAAGCUGGGUGAGCUGGGGUUCAGGUACAAGUACGGCAUGGAGGAGAUACUCGACGGCAGCGUCGGCUGCGCGGCGAGGCUGGGUUACAUCGACGCAGCCAAGCUCAGGCCGCAGGAAGGAUGAAUCUGCUACAGAUUUGCAGGAUGAAGAAGAUGGAUGAUAUUUGUUCGGUUUUGAACAAGUUUUUGGUGUUUGUUUGUAAUCUCAUGUGUUCUGAAUACCUCUCUCAUGUAUCACAUGACGCAUUUCUGCGUCAGAGAACGAUAUUAAUAAGUACUCCGUGGAGCUCGCUAGGCACUUGAGUUAUCAA